AUGCGCCUUACAGCUCCGUCUCCUCCGGCAGCGCUCCCGACGUACAAGGACAAGCCCUAUUUUGCAGGACCUGGGACCAUUGCAGAACAUGUACGACGCCGGAGGAGGAGAAAGCAAGCGGUUUCAUUAGGGCUGCUGGCUUUGUUUGGUGUGGCGGUUUGGUGGCUGUGGUUCGGAGGAAAAGCGGACAGGAUUAUCUCGCGGGGGAAGGGAAUGAGGAUGCGCGGGAACGACUUGUUGAAGCUCAUGCAGGGAUUUGAGAAGGAAGAAGCGAAGACGGGACAGGCAGUCGACUGGGCGGAGAGAAGAGAAAGGGUGAAGGAUGCGUUUAGGAUCAGCUGGGAUGGCUACGAGAAGUACGCCUGGGGCUAUGAUGAAUACUAUCCUAUCGCGAAGUCGGGCCGCAAUAUGGUCGAGGGUGGAAUGGGUUGGAUCAUCGUCGACGCUCUUGAUACCCUCAUGAUUAUGAACCUGACUUCGCGCGUCCAGCAAGCUCGAAACUGGAUUCACUCCAGCCUGAGGUACGACCAAGACCACCCCGUGAACACAUUUGAAACCACAAUCCGUAUGCUGGGCGGAUUACUCUCUGCGCACUAUCUAUCAACCACCUAUCCCGAUUUGGCGCCAAUCGCCGACGACGAUGAAGGCUCGCCAGGCGAGGAUCUGUAUAUUGAAAAAGCUACGGAUCUGGCGGAUCGGUUAUUGGGCGCGUUCGAAUCUUCUUCCGGAGUUCCCUACGCAAGCUUGAAUUUGAAUAAAUCUAUCGGCAUUCUGUCGCAUGUUGAUAAUGGUGCUUCGUCAACCGCCGAGGCCGGCACGCUUCAGCUGGAAUUCAAAUACCUGGCAAAGCUGACGGGAGAAGCGAAUUACUGGGAGAAGGUUGAGAAGGUAAUUCAGGUUAUCGAAGGAAAUGGAAGAGAAGACGGGCUCGUUCCUAUUUAUAUCUAUGCAGAUACAGGGCAGUUUAUGGGGGAAAAUAUCCGGCUGGGAAGCCGCGGCGACUCCUAUUAUGAGUACCUUAUCAAGCAGUAUCUUCAAACAUCAGACGAGGAGCCGAUCUAUCUCGAAAUGUGGCAAGAAGCCUUAUCCGGGAUUCGCAAACAUCUGGUGACUUAUACCAAGGAGGCCUCGCUGACCAUUGUUGGCGAACGUCCCCACGGGCUGCAACGCUCGUUGUCACCUAAGAUGGACCAUCUCGUUUGUUUCUUACCGGGCACUAUCGCUUUGGGCGCAACUGGUGGUUUACCCUUAGCGCAAGCUAGAAAGCUGCCGGGCUGGGGACGGAAGCAAGAGGCAGACAUGUUGUUGGCGAAAGAGUUGAUGAAGACGUGCUGGGCCACAUAUCUCGCCACGGCGACAGGAUUGGCGCCCGAAAUCACAUCUUUUUAG